CAAAGAUGGCGAACGAGCUGGACAGAGUGCGAAUCUCAGCCGCGGAGCUCCGAGCAGAAGCGUCGAAUUCAAUCAAUAUUACUGACUGUCAGAGAGAGGAGCAACAGGAGCAUCACAUACACAAGCAGCAAAGGAAGCGUGAAGGAAAGCGCCCCGAUCUGCAGCGUUACCAGUCGGUAGCUGGACAUGGACGGCGUCCCCAUGACAGUGAAGAGGGAGAAACUGGUCAAAGUGACCCCCUGGCUGCUGAUUCAUAUGAGCAUGAUCAACCAUCACAGAGUGAGAAAAAGGGUGUCUCUGAUAAAGUUUCAGAGAGACAUGAAUGCACAGAGGGUGGGAUGGGAACUGACAAAAGGGAAGAAGACAGGAUGAGAGGUGAUGGUAGUAACUCUCAAAACUGUAGAAAGGGCAGCAAGUCACAGGCUAAAACAGAAGCAGAUCAAGCAAAAGGCUUUGUUGAAAAUGACAGAGAACACCAGGAACCUGUUGGAGCUGCUAAGCCGACAAAGAAAGCCCGCAAACCAGACCGAGAAUUUUAUCAACCUGGGAGCCGGAGGAACUUUCAGGGAAAGGACUGUGGAGUUGGAAGAGAGCAGGAUAAGCCUCCCCCUAGGAAGCAUGAACAGAAAACUGAGCCAGAAUCUCAGUUGAGUACAGUGGAAAGGGAGGGGAACAAAAAAACGUCUAUACAAAAGCAGGGAGGGAAAGAAAAAGAAGUAAAAGGCUUACAGGAAAACAUAAAAGUGUCUAAAUCUAGUGAGACAAACAGAAAGCAAGGAAGUCGAGAUGUGGAAAAACCUCCAUUGCCCUCUGACGCGUCGGUGGAGAAAAUUACUAGCAAAGUAGAAAAGCUCAGCGUGAAAGAAAAGGCUAAAGCAGGAUGUGAAGGCCAAGUUGUUGAAGAGUUAAGUUGCAGAAGAGGGGAAAUGACUGAUAAGGAAAGAAGAGGCCAAGGGGGAGGGGAAAAAAAGGAGGAAGAAAAGGUAGAGAAGAAGAGGGACAAGGGUAACCGCAGGAGAAGAGGAGGGGAGAAGGAAAAAGAUAGGAAUCAAGAUUCAAGAAGAGGAGACCAUGAAGUAGGCAUUGGGGGAAAGAGCGAUGGGGGAAAAGCUGAGAAGGAAAGAGACAAGAUAGCAGCAGAAGCCGAUAGGGAUAACAAACUAGGUAAGACAGGAGAAACACACCCAAACAAAGGAAGAGAGAAUCACAGAGAAAACAGAAGAGGAGACAACAACAACAACCUGUCCAGAGAUGCUGAGAAAGAUGCUAAGACACAACGAAAUGUAGACAGGGCUGUAGAAAGAGGUGAUAGAAAGCAAUCCAAUGCAAACAUCACCACACCAACCUCAAAACGAUAUUCCAAAUCAGAUAUUCGGCGCUCACGGAAUCGAACUUACAGCAGUAGCUCAGCCAGCAGUGUGACCAGCCUGGAUGGUCCUGGACUAGGAAUGGAUGUAGAAAGUAUCAAGUGGCCACGCUUGGAGCCUAGGCACAAUACCAAAGAGGGGAUGACUAACAGUGGGGCAGGACGAAGGAGUCAUUUACAAAGCUGGACAACCAACAGGGAAUCAUCUACAGAAUCACCGGAAGGGAGUGAGAUGAGUGACAUUGCAGAGAAUAGAAGGAGGAGAAGAAGAGGUGGGGAGGAAGAGCUAAGUGCAGAGAGGCGGAGGGAAGAAAGGAACAGACCAAAGGGAAAUAAAAGUGGAGGUCGGGGAAUCCUAAGGGUAUCUCUAGAAAAACAACCGGGUACCUCAUCACAUAGUGGAGUUGCACAACAUCGCAAGCAAGGCAUGGUCCCCCGUGGCAGAGGUGGGGGUAUCCUGGUCCUUCCAGCCCGCACAGACAUCUCUAAUUCACCUGAGGUUGGGCAAAGGCUUCUUUUUGGUGGAAUUAGGGGAGGAGCUGCUUCCAGGAGUAGAGGAGGCAGAGGAGGAGUGAGACGACUCUGGGAUCCAAAUAACCCAGACCAGAAACCUGCUCUUACCAGCACCCAAUCCUCACAGCAUUCAUCUGUCCAACAGCCUGUAUAUCUUCAGUCAGGGACUGGAUAUGGACAACUUCACUUUCUGGACACAGAUGAUGAGGUUGCAGGCAGUCCUCCGGUCCCACAGGAUGAGCACUUUAGAUCCAAGCAGGCUGCUGCAAUGGCUUACUACAAAUUCCAGAACUCCGACAACCCUUAUUGCUACCCCAUGCCCACCAGCAACCCACAUAAUCCUGGCACGGCCACCAGCCAGCGCUACCCAUAUCCGUAUCCAAUGGGGCCCUACCAAAUGUCUCCCACAAAUGGUAUGUACCCGGGCCCUGGUGCUGGUCAGUUCGUUGGGAGUUACAGGGGAGCAGGUUAUACCCAGCCAGGUGCAGGAGGUGCCUUGACAUUUGAAGAGGUGGAGCAACAAGCCAGAGGGGAACUGGGAAGGCUGCUGAGGGCAGCAGAUGCACAGGAGCUCCAGCUCAGUAACCUGCUGUCCCGAGACAGAGUGAGUGCUGAUGGACUAGAUCGCAUGGCCCAGCUCAGAGCUGACCUUUUGGGGCUAUACGAGCAGGUCAUCCUAACAGACAUCGAGUUGUCAGACUCUCAGAACAUGGAUCAGGCUUUGUGGAAGAAUGUCUUUUACCAGGUCAUAGAGCACUUCCGGCAGCUACUCAAAGACCCAACCUCUGACAACACCCCUCAUAUCCGGAACAUGCUGCUCACACUGCUUGACGAGGGAGCUCUAUUCUUUGAUGCGCUGCUUCAGAAGCUGCAGACAGUGUACCAGUUUAAGUUGGAGGAUUACAUGGAUGGCAUGGCUAUCAGGGCUCGACCAUUACGCAAAACGGUAAAGUAUGCACUUAUCAGUGCUCAGCGCUGCAUGAUCUGUCAGGGAGAUAUAGCACGUUACCGGGAACAAGCCAGUGACUCAGCCAACUACGGCAAGGCUCGCAGCUGGUACCUGAAAGCCCAGCAGAUUGCCCCCAAAAAUGGACGACCAUAUAACCAGCUGGCCCUGCUGGCAGUCUAUACAAAGCGGAAGUUGGAUGCUGUGUAUUAUUAUAUGCGCAGCUUGGCAGCCUCCAACCCCAUCCUGACUGCAAAGGAAAGCCUGAUGAGUCUGUUUGAGGAAGCUAAGCGUAAGGCUGAGCAGCUUGAACGAAGGAGGAGGCAGGAAUAUGACGGAGGCUCCAGGGGUCCAGCAGUAAGAGGAAGAGGAAGAGGGGAAGAUGGAGCACGUGUGGAGAUUUGGAUUCGCCCCAGCGGACAAGCAGCAACCCCAUCCUCACUGAGAGGAGUUAGCGAAUCCAGCAGAGACUCUGAACAGGAUGGAGAGUUGGGCAGUCUCAGUGCUAGUGAUCUAAAUAAGAGAUUCAUUCUGAGUUUCCUGCAUGCACAUGGAAAGCUCUUCACUAAAGUGGGCAUGGAAUCCUUCCCUGGUGUGGCGAGCCGUGUUCUGCAGGAAUUUAGGACGCUGCUCCAGCAUGGCCCUUCCCUACUGGGCAGCACGCACAUGCUGCAGAUCAUCACCAUCAAUAUGUUCACCAUACACAAUGCCCACAGCAGAAGUGAAGAUGGGGAGGUGCGGUCUGUUUUACACGAGCAAAGCACUGCCCUGGGCCUCGGCAUGUUUGCGCUGCUGGUGCAGCGCUGCACAGAGCUGCUCAGAGAUACUCCUGCAGAACCAGUCCCCAUGGCAGAUGGAGAGGAGGAAAGUAAAGGGGAGGAGCUGGAGGGUAUGGUGAGGGUCUCUGCCUUCCCAUUGGAUCUUAGAGAACUCCUACCAAGCAUUAAGGUCUGGUCUGACUGGAUGCUGGGACAUCCAGACCAGUGGAACCCACCACCAUGCAGUAUAGAUUCCUCCCCUGAUGUUUGGCAGUGCCUGGCUGAUCUGUGUAACAUGCUGGCCCGUGUAGACCAUGAGGAAGUGCCACUGUACAAAGUCGACACUGAAGAAAGCGAGGGAGAUGAGGAGUUGACUGUGCUGCAAUUGAAGGAGGACCGGCUACUUGCUGGCUUUGUACCACUGCUGGCUGCACCACAGGAGCCUUGUUACAAAGACCGACAAACUGACAUGGCAAUAGCAGCAGAUUGUAAGAGAGUCACAGUGCUGAAGUACUUUCUGGAGGCUUUGUGUGGACAGGAAGAGCCUUUGUUGGCUUUCAAAGGGGGCAAAUAUGUCUCUGUGGCAACUUCUCCUCCAUCUAACCACUUGAUGGAUACAAGGAGCAGGCAGGAUUCUCUAACAGAAAAAGAGGCUGAUGAUGUCAUAGUCGAGGCAGAGUCCUCUCUCUCUGCAUCAGAAGGAGAGGAGGAGGCGGAGGACAGUGAGAAUGACAUCAGACAGCUGAAGGCACGACGCCACGCGCUCACCAACAAACUGGCACAGCAACAGAAGCGCAGGGAUAAAAUUCAGGCAGUGCUGCAAACAGGUGGGCAGUUGGAGCUGGAAGUGAGGCCUCUCUUUUUGGUUCCAGAUACUAAUGGAUUCAUUGAUCACUUGGAAGGGCUGAGGAAGCUCCUUCAGUGUGGAACAUACAUAAUAGUUGUGCCACUUAUCGUCAUUACAGAGUUAGAUGGGUUGGCAAAAGGACAGGACAACUUUGGUGGAGUAAUGGGGUCAGGAGGGCGCAGCACUGGCCUUCGUGGCAACUAUAACAUCAGCGCGACCCAUGUGCGGGCCGUGCAGGAGAAGGCCCGGUUGGCAGUGGCUUUCCUAGAGAAAGGAUUUGAAGCCAGGGAGCCGUACCUUAGAGCCCUGACAAGCAGAGGAAAUCAACUUGAGUCUAUUGCAUUCCGUAGUGAAGACAACUCUGGACAGCAGGGUAAUAAUGAUGAUGUGAUUCUGUCCUGCUGUCUCCACUACUGCAAGGACAAGGCAAAGGAUUUCAUGCCUGAUCAGAGAAAUGGGACAGUGAGGCUCCAGAGGGAGGUGGUACUCCUUACAGAUGACCGUAACCUGCGUGUCAAAGCUUUGACCCGCAACGUCCCAGUCCGAGACAUCCCUGCUUUCCUCAGCUGGGCCAAAGUGGGCUGAACCAUGCUAAGUUGGAAUCAAAGGAACCCAACUGCUGAAGCCUGCUUGCCACUCAGCCAGGAGAGGAGACACACUUAAGCAGAGGAAGGGGGAGUGGAAAUGAUAAAGAAAGCGAAGAACCACUUCUUAUGAAAUAUAAGCAAAUGUAGUGAGAGCAGGGUGGAUUCGAAGAGCUUUUUCCCCCUUGUGAUGAAGUGUGUGUGUGUAUGUAUGUGUUAAGAUCAGUGAGCUUCCCUGGAAAGAGACAAGGGAGACUUAAUAAGUCUCAGGAAGGCUGGAUUGGAUAGAGUAAGGGAGGUAAAAAUUGAGUGAUUUGAUUUAGAAGUUGUCUGGGCCAGCCUCGAGCCUCUACUCAUAGUGAGUGAGUGUACUCUGCAAGCAAGCAGUAUUCAAAUUUGAGGCUAAUGAUAGAAUGAGGCAGAGAGUGUGUUAAUGGUCGUUUAAUUGAUUAAAGACAGCAGUAAUAGAGGCCAUAACUGGCACUUCUGCACCUCUCUGAGGGCCCAGUCGUAUUUGACUGCUUUGCCCUCUACAGCAGAGCUGAGAGAAAUGUAGGUGGAAAGGAGCACAGCUGGAGGGUCUUAGUCAGUACAGUAAAAAGUGGCUGACCCUUCAGUUGGACACAACCUCAACACCUUCAGUGCAGCUAUAGUAUUUCCUGCUAACCCAGGAAGUGCUUGAUGCCUGUUUUGGGUUGUUCCUCCAGCUUGAUGCUAGGAUUGGUAGAAGUUUGGGUAUUGUAAGAAAAUGUUUUUAAAAAGUCAACAAGAAAAAACAUUCAUUAUUAUUUAUGUCCUGUUGCUUUUACUUGUUUUUGUAAAAUUUUUGUUUCCUUCUUGGAGGCCAUAUCUCCAUUUUGUAGACUGAUAAUAAACACCUGCAAAGUUUCCCUGUAAAUGGCAUCAACCAUGGGUUUUGGGGUUUUAAAACAAAAUCAGAUCUGGGUGCAAAUGAUUAAUGUUUUUGCACCUAACAAAUGCGUGGUAUUUAAUGUACCAAGGCUUUUGUCCUUAGAACGAAAUUCCACCUAUCUAUCACUUGAGAAUAUGGAACAAAGAUUAGCAAAUUAUGUUCGAUCCAGGUCUGUCUUAGACGUUAGGAGAUGGUUUGGUGACUUUGCAGAUGCUUUAUUAUCGAGUGCCAUUGGUGACACUUUAUUUUCUAGUAAUAUUCACACUCAUAUCAGUCUUUCGUGCUUUUCAGUUAAAUACCACCACAACAGUCCAUUUCAUGAAAUGUUUUUAAUCACCAAUAUUUUUUUUAAAGGUCACAGAUCCACUUUAAGCCACUUCCACUAUCCACUCAGUUGAAAUAAAAUACAUGAGGUAAACCAACAUAAAAUCCAAUUCAAGUAACACCUCACCGACACAUUGUUAACAAACAUUUAACACAAACGUAGUUAUUUGUGUUUGCUUGCUCUACAUUGCUUUGGGAGAUCCUGAGUUAUGUCAGUGUUUGUUUCUGUGUGCACUUGAUGGUGUCUGGAUGUUCAAAAUAGAUGUAAUCUGCACCUGUAUUCUCUGUUAUGCUACGUCAUACAUAAUUCAUCAUUCACUCAUCAGUUUGAUCAUAUGGAUUUAAAAUAAUUCUGUGUGUAGAAAUGGCAACCUUGCUUUCUAUUUGUCCUGUAACUUCUCAGUAAGGCUCGUACAACUUCUGUCAGCAGUUGAUGUUUCUGUAUUUCUGUCAACAGCCAGACGGGUUUAAUUGUUUUUUCAGCUCCUCUGAUCUGGUGCUACUGUAGUGUUCAGUACAAUCUACUGUGUUAAGUGGCCCUUCUGCAGUGUUUUAGUGUUGGAGCAAAUGUAGUAAAUACAUAAUCAAUUUAACACCAAUUACUUUCUCAUCUUCCAUCAUUAAAAUGUUUUGAAGCCA